AGAUGGAGGGAGAGAAAGAUGGAGAGGGAAAAUUAAAAAAAUAAUUAAAGUAAAGAAAGAGAAGAUUCAAAGUAGCCAUGGCCCAUGAGAUUGGGAGAAGAACCAGAAACAUGAUAUUCUUCUUCUCUCUUACAUGCAAAUGACUCAGGAACCAGUGAUCAUCACUAGACUUUCUUAUUAGGACCUUCAACGGAUUGUUUUCCUUUCUGGCUGUUGAUUUCAUGCGGUUUUUAUGGUGAUGGGAGAUGCAGAGAGUUGCAGUAGUAGAGCUGUGGAUUUUGCACCGAGUCAGAGUAGAAAGCAGAGACAGAAAGUUGAAGUUUAUCACGAGGUUCUUUGUAGACUAAAAGAAACGAAUGAACAAGAGACAAGGCAACCUGGUUUUGAAGAUGAACUAUGGACUCAUUUUUAUCGACUCCCCAAUAGGUAUGCACUGGACGUGAAUGUGGAGAGGGCAGAAGAUGUUCUGAUGCACAAAAGAUUACUGCAUAUGGCGCAUGACCCUGCAACUAGACCUGCAAUUAAAGUCCGGCUUGUGCAGGUGCAUUCUGCUUCUUCAAGUCAUUUUAGUGAGUCGCUUCAUUCAAACUCUCCGAGAAAAAUAGAUACUGUAUAUUCUGGCUAUCCCAACUACCAGAGCAUGCAUCCACCUCCUGCCUUUGGUUCAUCACCAGAUCUAGAGCUUGUAAAUGUAGCCAACAGAUCUGAUGUUCAAGAUAACGAUGUUACCAUGAAUUCCUAUCAAUUUAACUCUCGGGUAAUGCAUGAAAUUACAAUUUCGACAAAUGACAAGCCAAAACUUCUCAGUCAGCUGACUUCCUUACUGUCCGAUAUCGGGUUGAACAUUCAAGAAGCACAUGCAUUUUCCACUGUAGAUGGCUACUCCUUGGAUGUGUUUGUUGUUGAUGGUUGGUCACUUGAGGAUGCUGAGCAGUUGAGAAAUGUGCUGGUAGAGGAAAUAGCAAAGGUUGAGUUACAGCAUCUAAACGAAAACAUGCAGAAGGAAUUUGCUCAAGAACAAGAACAAACCAGAAUCUACCAUGUGAAUUUACCUACUGAUGGAAUUGAUGUUUGGGAAAUUGAUGCAAGCCUGUUGAAAUAUGAAUAUAAAAUUGCAUCUGGAUCCUAUGGUGAUUUGUACAAAGGUACAUUCUAUAGCCAAGAUGUGGCUAUUAAAGUUCUUACAGUAGAGCAUCUAAACGAAAACAUGCAGAAGGAAUUUGCUCAAGAAGUCUAUAUUAUGAGGAAAGUUCGGCACAAAAAUGUUGUUCAAUUCAUUGGUGCAUGUUCAAGACCUCCAAAGCUGUGCAUUGUGACAGAAUUCAUGUCUGGUGGAAGCAUGUAUGACUUUCUGCAAAAACAAAAGGGUGGUUUUAAGCUUCCAUCCUUGCUCAGAAUUGCAAUUGAUGUUUCCAUGGGAAUGAAUUAUUUGCACCAAAACAAUAUCAUUCAUAGGGAUCUCAAAGCUGCCAAUCUUCUAAUGGAUGAAAAUGGAGUUGUUAAGAUUGCUGAUUUUGGUGUUGCUCGAGUUCAAGUUCAGUCUGGAGUGAUGACUGCAGAAACUGGAACGUAUCGCUGGAUGGCACCGGAGGUAAUUGAACAUAAACCAUAUGAUCACAAAGCUGAUGUUUUCAGCUUCGGGGUUGUGCUAUGGGAGCUUCUCACAGGAAAGCUUCCAUACGAGGACUUAACCCCCUUACAAGCAGCUGUUGGUGUGGUCCAGAAGGGUCUAAGGCCUCAAAUUCCUAGGCAUACUCAUCCAGAAUUCAUUGAAUUACUUGAGGGAUGCUGGCAGCAGGACCCGUCUUUGAGACCUGAAUUCCCAGAAAUCGUAGAAUUUUUGCAGUACUUGGCAAGGAGGUUGGAAAAGAAUAAAGGAAUAGCCGAAGAAUAAGUUACCGUGAAGAGUUGUAACAGUGCUUUACGUGAGGCAGCCAUCGGACUGGGCAUGGAAAUAUGGAUAUUUUGUUCAUAAUAUGAGAUGUUUUUAACUCUUUAGAAAUAUGAUCUUCCGCACUAGACUUCUUUCUGUAGAUAUAAAAUAAUAUAUCAACUGGAAUAGGGUGCUUAUACAGUUCAGCCAGGUGUUUUGAGUAUUUACAAGGAAAAUUAAAGCUUGGGAAUAGGGUAUCAAAUGAUAACGAAAGGAGAUAACAAACUUGAUUAUGAAGUUGCUAAUAUUGCGGAAUAUAUGCAGACUUUUUAUCCAUAAAAAUGUGAGGAAGUGAGGAGAUUUCUAAAAUCUGAAAAUUCCCCCAUUCAAUAGAAAGUAUCAGUAUUAAAUUCUUCUUGUUUUAUGCCCAUUUAAUGGAGCAAAUGAAAAUGCCAUUGAGACAAUGUAGCAAUUUUAUUCCCAGAAAGCUCAUUACCAAAACUUGAAAACCCUAGUCAGGUGG